CCGCGCCGUGUGCAAUCCGCGCAUAGACUACGGUCGCGCUGUGCCCUCGCGCAUCAUUCGAAACUCGCGCAUCGCAGUCUCGGCAUCUCUGCCCUGAACUGUAUACGCGGCCGGGAGCUCGACUCUCGUAGCGACUCGACGAACAGGAUAAGUUAAGCAAGCACAAUGCCUUUCAAACCAGCAGACAACCCUAAGUGCCCGAAAUGCGGCAAAUCAGUAUACGCGGCCGAAGAGCGAGUCGCCGGCGGUCUUAAAUGGCACAAAAUGUGCUUCAAAUGCGGUUUGUGCCAGAAGUUGCUGGACUCCACCAACUGCUCAGAACACGAAGGUGAACUGUACUGCAAAGUGUGCCACGCACGCAAGUUCGGACCUAAGGGCUACGGCUUCGGUGGUGGCGCUGGUUGCCUUUCCAUGGACACUGGCGACCACCUAAAGGGCGAGAAUGCGGACGUUAGGACCAACGGAGCAUGCCUCGAACCCCGCGUCAUCGCCAAGGCGCCACCCGGCCAAGGAUGCCCGCGCUGUGGUGGUUAUGUUUACGCUGCCGAACAAAUGUUGGCUCGGGGAAGGGGGUGGCACAAGGAGUGCUUCAAAUGCGGCGACUGCUUGAAACGACUUGACUCCACGAACUGUUGCGAGGGCCCAGAUAAAGACAUUUAUUGUAAAGUAUGCUAUGGCAAGAAGUUUGGUCCUAAGGGAUACGGUUACGGAAAAGGAGCUGGCGUCUUGCAGAGUGACCCUUACGCCAAUGGUGAUCAAGCACCGAAGACCACGGUGAUUGAUACCGCUGCGAUCAAAGCCCCACCCGGCAAGGGUUGCCCGCGGUGCGGCGGUGUUGUGUUUGCUGCUGAGCAAGUCCUCGCUAAGGGUCGCGAGUGGCAUCGCAAGUGCUUCAAAUGUCGCGAUUGCACCAAGACUUUGGACUCUAUCAUCGCUUGCGACGGACCUGACAACGACGUCUACUGCAAGACUUGUUACGGCAAGAAAUGGGGACCCCACGGCUAUGGUUUUGCUUGUGGUUCCGGUUUCCUCCAGACCGACGGCUUGACUGAGGAAGAAAUUUCGGCUAGCCGUCCUUAUUACAACCCUGAUACCACGUCUAUCAAGGCACCCAAGGGACAAGGUUGUCCCCGCUGCGGAGGAAUGGUCUUCGCUGCUGAACAGCAAUUGGCUAAAGGAACUAUGUGGCACAAGAAAUGCUUUAACUGUGCGGAAUGCCACCGGCCACUUGAUUCGAUGUUGGCUUGUGAUGGCCCUGACAAGGAAAUUCAUUGCCGUUCCUGCUAUGCUAAGCUCUUCGGACCCAAGGGUUUCGGGUACGGCCACGCCCCCACCCUUGUCUCCACCGAUGCUGAACCCACCAUUACUUACACAGAGCAGCUUCCGUUCACUGGACAGAAAGCAGCCAAAGGCCAAGGCUGCCCCCGCUGUGGUUUCCCUGUCUACGCCGCUGAACAAAUGCACUCCAAGAAUGGCACAUGGCAUAAACGCUGUUUCUCAUGUGCGGAUUGCCACAGAUCUCUUGAUUCCACCAAUUUGAAUGAUGGACCCAACGGUGAAAUUUAUUGCAGAGGCUGCUAUGGUAGAAACUUCGGACCUAAGGGUGUCGGAUAUGGUUUGGGCGCAGGCACAUUGACGAUGGCAUAAUUAUCUAUAAAGCUGGACUUUAUUGGAACGACUUAAGAUUUAAAUGGUAGCUUGAAAGGAAUUUAAUCUACGCACAUCGCUACCUUUUCAGCAAUCAUACCAUUUAUUAAACUGGUUUUAAUAAUGGUUGAUCACAAUUUACACAAAGAGACUAAUGAAACAAUAGAUUUCUUAGAUUCAAUCAUAUAUAUUUUGUUAUGAAGAUAUAAAUUAAAGGUUACAUUCCUUUCACAAAUGUACAAAAUGGAUGAUGAAUGUGUCUGGGCCCUUAGUUUAUAGAUUCGUCAUAAAAUGGAGUAGACAUAAGGCGUAUAGACUUAAAUGUAGAUAAAUAUGAAAAAAAAUUCAAAAUUAAAAAAAAAACAAAUAAAUUCAAAUUAAUAAAAAAAUGGCAUUGUGAUUUACCUCAAAAUAUCACUUUGUGAUAUAGAGGUAGGUACUUAAAACUAUCCUGUAAACGCGGAAAA